UGAAUUCACCUGCAUUCAGGAAAAGCAGCUUAAUUUAACUAACAUUUUUUUCUAACAUUCAUGUGGUGCACAUUAUGUAACGCACCACGGUCUCUCGCUGUUAAUAUAAGAAGACAACUGUGUCCAGUUGAGAGUAGUCGAAUCGCAGUCUCCGAAACAUUUGUGACAAUAACGCAAGUAGUUUACUGUAUUAUAUGCGCAGUAAUAUGCCAAAGAAAAUGGAAAACGAGCAAGGUGACGCGGUGGUGAUAUCGGGAAUUGCUGGCAGAUUUCCAAAGUCUAAUAAUUUAACGCAAUUUCGAGAAAAUCUUAUGAACAAGGUGGACCUUAUCAACGAUGAUGAUCGCCGUUGGAAUACAGAUCAUCCAGAUAUCCCACGACGAGCUGGGAAGAUAAACAAUAUUGAAAAAUUUGAUGCUCGAUUCUUCGGCGUACACUUUAAAGAAGCCCAUUCUAUGGAUCCUAUGGCGAGAAUGUUAUUGGAACAUACUUACGAAGCUAUUAUUGAUGCUGGCGUUCAUCCUGGGAAACUUCGUGGCACUAACACCGGAGUUUUCAUUGGUAGCUGCUACAGUGAUACAGAGAUAACAUGGGUCUACUCGGAUUCACCGGUAAAUGGGUUAGGUCUACUGGGUUGCAGUCGCUCCAUGAUGGCCAAUCGGAUCUCUCUUUGGUUUGGAUUUAAAGGACCUAGCUAUGCCGUAGACAGUGCGUGCAGUUCUAGUCUUUUCGCUUUAGACCAUGCGUAUAAAGCAAUUAGAACUGGACAAUGUGAUGCUGCGAUCGUUGGAGGAUGUCAUUUGUGUCUUCAUCCAUUUGUGACUCAACAGUAUUUUCUUCUUGGAACGCUUUCCCCUGAUGGAAGGUGCAAAGUAUUCGACGCCGAGGGAAACGGAUACUGUCGUAGUGAAGCGGUGUCCACGAUUUAUCUUCAGAAAUCGAAGGAUGCCAAACGUAUCUACGCGCAGGUUGUUCACGUAAAAACAAAUUGCGACGGUUACAAGGAAGAGGGCAUUACCUAUCCGUCGAUUAAAAUGCAACGUAUCUUAUUGGAACAAUGUUACGAAGAGUGCAAAGUUUCGCCAUCUGAUCUGGCUUUCUUAGAGGCACAUGGUACUGGAACCAAAGUAGGUGAUCCUGUGGAAGUUAGUGCAGUAGAGAAGGUAUUCUGCCCAGGACGAAACACCCCGCUUAGAAUUGGCUCAGUUAAAUCAAACUUGGGUCAUUCAGAACCAGACAGUGGUCUUUGUUCCAUCGCUAAGGUAUGUCGUAGUCAGAGAUUCUCCUACUAGAUG